UGUUUCUGGGGAGAGAACAGGAGGUGUUAGCUGCACUGCAAGGCCGUCCCUACCUCUUUUAUGGGCUGCCCAUAAACAGUUUCUACUGCAGUCUCAAUGAACCUCAGUUAUUCAGGGAAGUAUGGAGGCUCUUGGGCAAUAAAGUCAGUUCCACAUACCAAGGCUUGGACUGUUACGUAGGAUGGUUUUAAAGCUUUGUGCUUGGGGCAGAUAUUCAACUCCAGCUCUGUGAUUCCUAGCCAGAGUGCUGCCAGAUCCUUUUGAAGGCUGCCUUGAGAUGUGAGGUGAUAAGCAAAUAAGCCAGGCUCAGGCUAAUCACUGCCUGGAUGGUUUCCCCACCACCCUUGUGUUAGGAGGUUUGCCCAAGACACAACACACCUGACACUUUCUUUGAUCAUCUUUUGUUCGCUGGCCUGAAAAGUGUAACUCCAAAAAAGAUUCAAGACAUUGUUCUGAAAGAAAAGGCUGUGACACAUGGACAAUAUGUCUAUUACUAACACACCAACAAGUAAUGAUGCUUGUCUGAGCAUUGUUCACAGCUUGAUGUGCCAUCGACAAGGUGGAGAGAGUGAAACUUUUGCAAAACGAGCAAUUGAAAGUUUAGUUAAAAAGCUAAAGGAGAAAAAAGAUGAAUUGGAUUCUUUGAUUACAGCUAUAACUACAAAUGGAGCUCAUCCUAGUAAAUGUGUUACAAUACAGAGAACAUUGGAUGGAAGGCUUCAGGUGGCUGGUCGUAAAGGGUUCCCUCAUGUGAUCUAUGCUCGUCUUUGGAGGUGGCCUGAUCUUCACAAAAAUGAACUCAAGCAUGUUAAAUAUUGUCAGUAUGCUUUUGACUUAAAAUGUGACAGUGUCUGUGUGAAUCCUUACCAUUAUGAGCGUGUGGUGUCCCCGGGCAUCGAUCUCUCAGGACUGACACUGCAGAGUUCUGCUCCAUCAAGUAUGCUGGUGAAAGACGAAUAUGUUCAUGACUUUGAGGGGCAGCCAUCAUUAUCUUCUGCGGAAGGUCAUUCAGUCCAAACCAUUCAGCAUCCACCAAGUAACAGGGCAGCCACAGAGACGUACAGCACCCCAGCAAUGUUAGCUCCUUCUGAGUCUAGUGCUACGAGCACCACUAAUUUUCCCAACAUUCCUGUGGCUUCCACAAGUCAACCUACCAGUAUAUUGACAGGUAGCCAUAGUGAUGGACUCCUGCAGAUCGCGUCAGGGCCUCAGCCAGGAGCACAGCAGAAUGGGUUUGCAGCUCAGCCAGCUACUUACCAUCACAAUAGUACUACAACUUGGACUGGAAGCCGAACAGCUGCCUACACACCUACUAUACCUCACCAUCAGAAUGGACAUCUUCAGCAUCACCAACCUAUGCAUUACUGGCCAGUUCAUAAUGAACUUGCAUUCCAGCCUCCUAUAUCAAAUCAUCCUGUCUGUUUAUCUUCGCUAGCUCCAGAGUACUGGUGUUCGAUUGCUUAUUUUGAAAUGGAUGUGCAGGUUGGGGAGACAUUUAAAGUUCCUUCAAGCUGUCCAGUUGUUACGGUGGAUGGAUAUGUGGACCCUUCUGGCGGAGACCGCUUUUGCUUGGGCCAGCUUUCCAAUGUACAUAGAACAGAAGCCAUUGAGAGAGCAAGGUUGCACAUAGGUAAAGGGGUGCAGCUGGAAUGUAAAGGUGAAGGUGAUGUGUGGGUUAGGUGCCUCAGUGACCAUGCAGUCUUCGUUCAGAGCUACUACUUGGACAGAGAAGCUGGGCGGGCGCCAGGAGAUGCUGUUCACAAGAUUUACCCCAGUGCAUAUAUAAAGGUGUUUGAUUUGCGGCAAUGUCAUCGUCAGAUGCAGCAGCAGGCUGCCACUGCACAAGCUGCAGCUGCUGCUCAGGCUGCUGCAGUAGCAGGAAACAUCCCUGGGCCAGGAUCAGUGGGUGGAAUAGCCCCAGCUAUCAGUUUGUCAGCUGCUGCUGGAAUUGGUGUAGAUGACCUUCGCCGUUUAUGCAUACUCAGGAUGAGUUUUGUGAAAGGUUGGGGACCUGAUUACCCAAGGCAGAGCAUCAAAGAAACACCCUGUUGGAUUGAAAUCCAUUUACACCGUGCGCUCCAGCUUCUAGAUGAAGUACUUCAUACCAUGCCUAUCGCAGACCCACAACCUCUAGACUGAGAUCCUGCUGCUGCACUGCUGUGGGCCAUUAUAUUGUCAGGCUGGUGAAUUGUAAAAUACAAUUCUGUUUAUUAGAGGUGCACCGAUAUAUCAAUGCCAUAUUGGAUUGGCACCAAUAAAAGGAAAAUUAACAUUAUUGGCUUUUUUUGGCCAGUGUAGCCAAUAAUGUUAACUGAUAAAUAUACUAUGCCUUCUGGCGGGGGCACCAGGAUGCCGUGUGCAUUUGUGCAGCUGGAUGCAUGCAUGUGGCCUGGAGUGCAGCCAGGCAGCAUGGAGAGCAGUGCUCUGCAGGUAAGUCUGUGGAGAGGAAGAGGUGGUGGGUGGGGGCAGGCCGAGGCCUCUACAGUGAGGGAGGGAGGGAGGGAGGAGUGGGCCUGGGGCUGGGGGCGCUGCCCAGCCGGGGUAGUGAGCGGGACCCAGGGCAGGGAGCAGGACGGCCAUGGGCAGCUCAUCUAAGGGGUGCAGGGGUGGGUGCUACUGCUUGUACUCCCCAGGGGAGGCAUGGGGGGGCAUGUUGUUCCCUUCCUUCCUUUCCCCCCCCAAAUUUGUGUGCAGGGUCGAUGCAGGUUGCUUGCUGUGGGCUCACGGCUCUCUGCCUUUUCCUUGGGAGUCCCGUGCUGGCCGCGUGUCCCUGGCCCACUUGGCAGCAGUGGCGGCGGUGAGUUGUGCCUUCCGUUGCUGGGUGGGCAGGGGACAUGUGGCCCGUAUGGGGUCCCCGGGGCAAAGGCAGCAGGGCGGAGAGCCCUGAGGCCGCAGCCUGAAUCUGCCCUUGCUUUGCUCAGCUCUGGUUAAAAGCGUCUUUGCACUUAAAAAUGGUGGUGGCAGUGCUUGAACUAAAGCUCAUUUGUUGAGCUUUAGUUGAAACACCCCUGCUUGCUGCCAUUUUUAAGUGCUGGGAUGCUGAUCCCCUGGAUGAGCUGCCCAUGGCUCUGUCCUGCUCCCUGACCUAGCCCUGGGUCCCAUUCACUGCCCUGGCUGGGCAGCACCCCAAGCCCUUGCCCCACUCCCUCCCUCACCAUGGUGGCCUUGAUCUACCCUUUCUCUCCCCCAUGCCCCUUACCCUGCACAGACUUACCUGCAGGGAGCUGCUCUCCCCACUGCCUGGCUGCAUUCCUGCAAAUCGGUUAUCGGAUCGGUAUUGGCCAAUAUGCCUGGUUAAUAAUAGGUUAUCGGUAUCGGCCAAGAAAAUCUUUAUCGGUGCACCCCUACUGUUUAUAACCUGAAGAGAGAUUUUACUUUUGUUCUGCUUAAUCUUUUAAAGCCAGGGUUUAAAAAUGUGUUUGCCACCUUGCUCUUAGCAGAAAGAAACUGAAUGUACAGAAAUAGGAUUUCAGCUUUCUUCACAACUUUAUUGCCAUAAUACGUAGCUCAGGGCGUAAAGUGAAAGGUAAAUACCAUACAGAGACUUUAAUUGAGCUUCAUUCCUUUGAAACUGAGCCUGUUCUUUUUUGGCACCAUUUCCACUCAGGGCAAGAUGGCAAACUUGUUUUUAUACCUCUUGGUUACUUUAAGCCCUAUGCCAUCAUUGACCGUAUCAGUUGGCAAUGACUUUGUAUAGAGAAUUUAAAGUAGAAGUUGCAAAUGCAUUGAUUGUAUGACAGACACAAUAUGUAUGCUUUAUCUAUAGUUAAUAGUAUAAAUAAAAUCAUGAAAACCCCA